UAUCCGUCCCUAUGUGUUUAUACCAUAAGAGGUUUCGCUGAAAAUAUAUGAACAUAUGAGCUGUUUUUUCGGCAUUUGGCACCUGCAGAAGUGGCUUUUGUUUUCGUUAACCAGCGGCAACUUUGUGUGUGUUUUAAGGCUGUCAGCUGCUUGACAAGCUAGCGAGCAGGUUAACCACUGCAAUGAACGGUGCUAAAGAGCUAGCUUAGCUAACUUUCUUUUCGCACGGGCUUCUGAGUGAGAAUGGGCAGUGUUUUGGCUGCCAGCUCCCCCAACCCUCCACCCCCGCCAGCCUCUGGCGGUGCUGCCGUCCCGGGGUUGACGGUGCCACCAGGUUUUGGGAUGCCUCAGGUCUCUUCUGUCAUAUCCCCUGCGGAGGCAGCCUCAGGACAGCAGCAGGAGGCAGAAAACCCUUUGCCUAAUCCGGGUGCAUUUGAUGAGUGUCAUCGCAAGUGCAAAGAGGUUUUCCCCAUGCAGAUGGAGGGCGUCAGGCUGGUUGUCAACAAGGGCCUUAGCAAUCACUUCCAGGUGAAUCACACUGUGCUGCUGAGCACCAUGGGAGAUUCCAGCUACAGGUUUGGUGCAACAUACGUUGGAUCAAAGCAGAUGGGUCCAGCAGAGUUUUUUCCAGUCAUGAUAGGAGACAUGGACAACAGCGGCAGCCUGAACGCCCAGAUCAUCCACCAGAUCACCAACAGAAUACGAUCCAAAAUAGCCUUCCAGACACAACAAAACAAAUUUGUGAACUGGCAAGGUGAUGCUGAGAUCAGGGGAGAAGAUUUCACUGCGACGGUUACACUUGGUAACCCAGAUGUCCUUGCUGGCUCUGGUAUUGUUGUAGCACACUACCUCCAGUCCAUAACGCCGGCUCUGGCACUGGGAGGGGAGCUGGUGUACCACCGCAGGCCAGGAGAGGAAGGCACAGUGAUGUCUUUAGUUGGCAGAUACACAGGCAGUAACUACAUCGCCACACUGACGCUCGGUUCAGCAGGAGCUCAUGCUUCAUAUUAUCACAAAGCCAAUGAGCAGUUGCAGGUCGGUGUGGAGUUUGAGGCGAGCAGCCGCAUGCAGGACACCAGUGUGUCAUUUGGUUACCAGCUAGAUGUGCCGAAAGCCAAUCUACAGUUUAAAGGUUCACUGGACAGUAACUGGAUAGUUGGCGCGACAUUAGAAAAGAAGCUGCUCCCGUUGCCGCUCUCUCUGGUCCUCUGCACCUUCCUCAACCACCGCAAGAACAAGUUCCAGUGCGGGUUUGGCGUCACUAUCGGUUAGACUGACUGAGCGGCGGGUUAUCGACCGCCUGCGGACAGACUCGAUAUGGACUAGCAGACUAUGCCCUGUACACUAAAAACUCCGUCUGUCUCCUGAUUCGGCUGUUGUCAUGUUAUUGGUUUCCCAGAUUGCAUUUCAUCAGAUGUGCUGAAUAAAAGGUAAUGAUGUAAAUCUAAUACAUUUAAUCCUGUAAGACAAAUCGCCCGAUUGGUCGAUACAGAAGUGUAACAAAUUAGGUGAUCUGUCAGGAUUUUGUUGACUGUGAACUCCCGACACAAACCGAUAGACUGUAGACAUAACACAUUGAGAGACGUUGCAGAGCUCUUGGUCUUUGUCACUGAGUUCAGUGCCUGUCGCUCCAAUUUUGAAUUUUAUUCUUUUUUUUUUUUACUGUAAAAUCUGUCUGUGUGUGCAGUGAAUGCAGUUGUUGUCAUUUGUUUGUUUAAAGGUGAUUUACUGAUUACAGAUGACGUUUCCAGCUAUCAGAAAGCAGUGUGCCGUACUGCAUGCUACUAUCACAAUCCAUCACAGGUUUUGUUGCCUUUUUUAUGUUACAACCAUGAGGAAGCGUAUAUAUGACCUGUAUAUACCUCUUGGAAACUGAUAAAUGCCAUUUCUUACAAAA